AUGGAUGAAACGAAUAGGGACUUAACACGGUUAAAUCAGAAGGUAGAAGAAUCAAAGAGGGAUAUAACGCAGCAGAUAAGAGGGGUAAAAGACGAAGUACAGAGCCUCACAGUGCAGUUAAAACACCUCACUGUGGAGCACAAUGAAUUUCAGAACCAAUUAGGUACACUACAUCAACAACAAGAAAAAUUACAGUCAUCACAGAACAAACUGAUUACUGACGUAGGAAACAUGAAAACCGAAGUAAACAGUAUACAGGAGAAUUACGGAAACAUUCCAACAGAGGUUACAAAACUGUCAGAUCGAAUAGGAUCACUAGAAUUAGGGCAAAAACAGAUCAAGGAAGAUCUAAGCUUAGUAAAGCAAAGUCUAGAAGACACUAUAAUGGCACAAAAGGUGGUGCAUGAAUACGGCACAUGCCUUACAGGUUUCGAAAGCCAUCUAUCUGAAAAGGAGACAGAAAUAGUUGACAGAGUAACGAAACAGGUUAAGACUGCCCUAGAGCAAAUCAAACAAACAUCUGUAGAGACAAACACACAAACAGAAACACCUAGAACCGUCACUACUGACACUGCUAUAAGCAAACCACCAAGCAUUGAAUUUGGUAAUGAAAAGAGUAUGGUACGAGUAAAAGAUCAGGUACAGCAACGGUACACACCACAAGUGAAAGAUAGAACCUCACCAGCUGUUAGCUGUGCCGUCAAGUAG